GGGCCGCCCCGCCACGACCACCAACACCAGUACGAGCAGUUCCAGCUCCUCGGGUUCUGUAUCGAGUAGGCUCGGACCCCGCUCGGCCAACAGAAGGCCUGAGUCGGGUCGGAGCACUCAGUCCGGCGAUCCAUCUGGGUCGAGCGGGAGCAUCCCAACGACCGCGACUCCGAGUCCCAGAGCGAGUCAGGCAGGAUCAAACUCGGCUGGGAGCAGUUCAAAGACCGCGAGCGGGAGCAGCCCAAAGACCGCGGCUCCGAGGCCCAGAGCGAGUCAGACAGGAUCGGGCUCGGGCACGACUCAGCCGCGUAACAAUUCGGGGCAAAGCUCUUCUGCCGCAUCACCGGCGGGGAUUAUCUUCCGUCCUUCCGGAAACAUUUCGCAGCUGGCACAAAGGUUGAAAGCAACCAUGCCGGCGACCCCGAGAACAAGAAGAGACAUCAUCGGAUCUGGGACGGGCGUUUACGGAUACGGAAGCGUAGUGCGAGGCACCAUAAAACGGAGCGGCAGCGAUGGAGGAUCUCCGAGAGAGAUUGCCGCCGCAAUGUCGAGUGCUGAUCCGGUGGAAGUGAAUAGGAUAGGGAACGAAGUGUACAAGAAGGGUAACUUUGCCGAUGCGUUGAGAUUAUACGACAGAGCAAUAGAAUUAUCGCCGAGAAACGUGUCUUACAUGAGCAAUAGGGCGGCGGCAUUGAUGGGUUUGAAUCGGAUAGGGGAAGCCAUUAAAGGCUGUGAAGAAGCUCUGAGAUUUAAUCCUAACCACGGAAGAGCUCACCAGCGUCUGGCCUCAUUGUUCAUCCGGAUUGGCCAAGUUGAAGAAGCCGACAAACACUUUCGUCUUCCCGGGUUUCGAUUGGAUCCUUCAGAGGUGCAAAAUCUUCAGGCAAUAGACAAACACUUGAGCAAAUGUGCAGAUGCCAGAGGGCAUAGUAACUGGAGAACUGUGUUGAAGGAAGUUGAUGCUGCUAUCUUGUCUGGAGCCAACUUCUCGCCUCAGCUAGUUUUGUGUAGAGCGGAAGCGCUUAUGAUGCUGAACCGGCUUGAUGAUGCUAGAUCAAUUCUAUCAGAAGUUCCGAAAGUGGAGCCUUUCCCCGAGUCUUGCUCGCAAAAACGAUUUUGCGGGAUGCUUUGUGAAGCUUAUACACAUUUCGUCAAAUCCCGGAUCGAUUUGGCACUAGGAAGGUUCGAAAGUGCAGCUACAGCUUCUGCCAAAGCUGUUGAACUGGAUCGACGAAACUACGAAGUUUCUACGCUGGCCAAUACCGUCACUUUGGUUACUAGUGCACGUAACCGUGGCAAUGAGCUCUAUAGAUCGGAAAGAUAUACAGAAGCAUCUACAGCUUACGAAGAAGGCCUUAGACAUGAUCCUACCAACUCGGUGUUGUAUUCUAACCGGGCAGCUUGUUGGUUUAAGCUCGGGAAGUGGGAACGUACCAUCGAAGACUGUGAUCAAGCACUGAAUUUUCAACCGAACUACACUAAGGCAUUGCUUCGAAGGGCUGCCGCAAACAGCAAGUUGGAGAGAUGGGGAAAUGCAGUGAUGGAUUACGAGGCAGUGAGGAGAGAACUGCCAGACGAUAAGGAGAUUGCCGAGUCACUGUUUCACGCACAAGUUGCUCUGAGAAAAUCCCGAGGGGACGAUGUUUCCAACAUGAGAUUCGGCGGGGAAGUGGAGGAAAUCUCCAGUCUUGAACAGUUCAAAGCUGCAGUAUCUUUGCCUGGAGUUUCGGUCGUGCACUUCAUGAAGGCAUCCGAUGAUCAGUGCAAGGAGAUAUCUCCAUUCGUCGAUGCUCUCUGCAUCCGAUACCCGUUCUUGAACUUCCUCAAGGUGGAUAUCGAUAAAUGGACGGAGAUAAGUAGAGAAGAGAAUGUGAAGGUAGUGCCAACGUUCAAGAUUUACAAGAACGGAAACCGGGUUAAGGAGAUCAUCUGCCCUAACCGCGAAGUCCUGGACUACUCUGUGAGAUAUUACAGCCUUUGAGAAGCUCGAAAAGAAAAAAGACCGUCUCUUCUGGUUUGGCUCUUUGGACGAUUCGUUCAUUCAUUCUUUUUCCGAGCUCCCGAGCCUCCGAUCUCUCGCUGUACAGAGAACGUUAGAUCGGAUUCAGCUCGGGUUGGCUCCGGUUUUUUUGAUUAGCAACAGAUGAUAGGUGAUAUUGUGUACAUAAGAGGAGGAGGUGAUGUAUAGAAGAGGUCAUAGAAAGCGUUAGAUGGAAAAUAAAGGGUCCAAAAAAAAAGAGCAU